ACAAAGAGCUAAAUAAAGAACUAUUUAUAGAUAUACACAUGCACAGAUUAGUAUACAGACAGUCCCCAAUUUACAAUGGCUUGACACACAAUUUUUCAACUUUAUGUUGUUGCGCAUUCAGUAGAAACCAUACUCUGAAUUUCGCAAGCCACAUGCAGUAGGAUCAUCUCUCCUGAUGCUAGGCAGCGACACUAAGCCACAGAUUCCAGGUCACCAUGCAGUCAGGAGGGUAAACAACCCAUACGCCUUCAACCAGUUUUUCACUUUCAAUAUCAUAUUCAAUAACUUACAUGAGAUAUUCAACACUUUACCGUAAAAUAGGCUUUAUGUUAAACGGCUUUGUCCAACUGCGGGCCAAUGUAAGUGCUCUGAACACGUUUAAGGUAGGCUAGACUUUGCUAUGGUUUUGGUAGUUUAGGUGUAUGUAUUAAAUGCAUUUUGAACUUGCAAUAUUUUCAACUUACCAUGGGUUUUUUAGGACAUCACCUCACUGUCAGCUGAGGAAGAUCUGCACACCCAUGUAUUUCCUUGUUGUCGGUGGAGAAGGUUUAGAAGUGAUGACACCCCAACAGCAAGCAGCACACUUAGCACCCAGAUCUUUGUUUCUAAUACCAUUGUCUACUAAACAAACCAGGGCUUCUCGAGAAAUGGCUGAUACUCAGACAGAAAAGAUACAAGACAAGCCUGGAAUAUCUUUUAGUGCUGGAAAAUAUGGAAUACUUUUUUUAAAGGACCCAAUAAUAAUGAGAUAUGUCAAAGGAAGACAGAAGCCAAUGGACAGAGCACCCAAUGGGCAAAGUGGAAACAAUCUGAGCAACAAAGGAAACAAAGUAUUGAAUUCUAAUCCAAGCACAAGAGAAAUAUUUAUAAAUACCCCUAAACCCAUGCUGAUAUAAAAACAUUAAAUAAAUGGAAUGGAAUGGAAUGGAAUGGAAUGGAAUAGAAUAGAAUAGAAUAGAAUAGAAUAGAAUAGAAGAAUAGAAAUCUCAUACAGAAGCAAGGGCUGGGUGGAGAACCAUCAGGGAUAUUAUAGAAGCUAUUGGCCUGGGGGUAGGGGGUGGGGUGCUGCAAACAGACUGGUCUUCAAGGUCAAUUUCAAUUUUAAAGGCUGGAAUUUUUUAUCUUCUAUAUAACACCACCUUUAAACUGUUGCCCUUAGUUAACCAUUGCCCCUGUUUCUGAGCUGCCUGCAGUCUCUCUGGUCUUCUAACUGAAAAACUGAUUCCACUAGGAAAAACAAAACUCAUCUAUUAAGAGGAUGAGAUUUUUCAGCUUUUUUGUAUGCACACGUGGGCAUAUCUCAAGUAUCUGAUGAAGAGUGGGUCAUUUUACUAUGAUUAAGAAAGUGUGAAUGAAUCAUGUUUUGAAUCCCCAUUUUCUCUAUGAAGUCAGUGCAAAAAGAACAGAAACUUUGGAAAGCAGGUCUCCAGUUCACAACCAAAUUUAGAACUUGUCUUCAAGCGUUCUUCACAUUCUUUCCAGAACACUGGGCCUUGUGAAAGGCCCAAUCAGCAAAAAAUAAAAUACACACAUCUACUUACUAAUAGUAAAGUUUUUGAAGUUGAUGGGAUCUGCAGAUGAGAGUUUCUCAUCUUUACAGGGUUAGGUAGUCAGGGAGGAAUUGUACCUGGUGGGAGUUUUCUCUCCUCUGUGGUGAAGGAGACUCACUGUUUUACAUAUUAAACGACUCCAGUGUAUUUCCUCCUAGCCCUGUCACCCUCUUUAUUGAGGCAAAACCUGUGUGAUGGGUGUCCCAAAAUGUUUGUUUCUGUAAUUCCACUCACAAGAGAAAACUAGACAGCCUCUGGGUCUACUUCAUAUCAGAAUAAAUCUGAUGGAAGGGAAAAUGGGGAAAGGGAACUGAAACCAGAAACUAAGAACUUUUUGUCCUAAACUUCAAAAGUACAGGAAGUGAACGUAAUAUUUUAUGGGAAACUACACACUGCCUGUGGAUCUUCACUACCAACCCGCGACACACACAAACACACACACCAAGCCACAGGCGACUGCUAUUGGCAAAUGCCUCCUCUCCAAUCACCAGAUCAAGGAAGGGAUCUCUAGAGCCCCAACGCACCACCCACAAAUGGGGUCUCUGGCAGCCCUCGGCUGCAGCCUACUAGUCUGGAAUGACGGCGGGAAGGUGUUGCAAGGAAAUCCCUUGCAUGCUUUGUGGUAUGUUAAAAAUGCAGCAUCAUCCUCUCUGCUCUCUUUUUCCUUCGGCAGAAAAGCAGAUUUCGAGGGCACAGGGAAACUGGAGGGGCAAAACGGCUGCUGGCCUCCAGGAGCCCUCGAGCUCCCUCCCUCCACACCUCCCCCCCCCCCCCCCCGUACACCCCCUGUCCCCCCCCCCCGCAGGCUCUAAUUGCCUUUGCUCCAAUGGGCCAGCAGCACCUUCACCAGUUUCCUCUUCCAUUCACUCCAGCCAGGAGGGAAGAGGGAAAACAAAACUCUAAAAAUAACUGCCAGCAUCUUAAAAAAAAAGCUUAGCUGCCCCCCCCCCCCACCUCGCUCCCUCCCUUCUAGUCUCUCUCCUCCCCGCCCCCCUCCGCCCCUUUUGGGGCACAUGUCUGCUUCUUACAACACCGAGGCACAUGGUUCCAGUUAGGCACCAAACCCCAUCAGGACGGAGAGGAAAUCCACAUCUGUGGGACGCUCCGCACGGAACCACCUCCAGCGAGGGAGGCCGGGGGACUGCAGCACCGAGAUGAAGGGCUAGACCGAGGGAACGCUGCUCAUGCGACGGCCGGGAGCGCCUGCGAGCUGGAUCUGGUGGAGGAUGCUGCGGCAGGUGCUUCGCAGAGGGCUCCAGUCGUGCUGCCACAGGCUGGGCUUGUGCGUGAGCCGGCACCCGGUCUUUUUCCUCACCGUGCCCGCAGUCCUGACCAUCACCUUCGGCCUCAGCGCGCUCAACCGCUUCCAGCCCGAGGGCGACCUGGAGCGCCUGGUCGCUCCCAGCCACAGCCUGGCCAAGAUCGAGCGCAGCCUGGCCAGCAGCCUUUUCCCCCUGGACCAGUCCAAAAGCCAGCUCUAUUCGGACUUACACACCCCUGGGAGGUAUGGCAGGGUGAUCCUCCUCUCCCCACCCGGGGACAAUAUUUUGCUCCAGGCUGAGGGGAUCCUGCAGACCCACCGAGCCGUGCUGGAAAUGAAGGUGAACCACAAGGGCUAUAAUUAUACUUUUUCCCAUCUGUGUGUGUUGAAAAAUCAGGAUAAGAAAUGCGUGCUGGAUGAUAUUAUUUCAGUGCUAGAGGAUCUCAGGCAGGCUGCCGUCUCCAAUAAGACAACAGCCAGGGUGCAAGUGAGGUAUCCCAGCACUAAAUUAAAGGAUGGGAGGAACAGUUUUAUUGGACACCAACUGGGCGGGGUAGUGGAAGUGCCAAACAGCAAGGACCAGCGGGUCAAGUCAGCCAGAGCCAUUCAAAUCACCUACUACCUCCAGACCUAUGGUUCUGCCACCCAAGACCUCAUAGGGGAGAAGUGGGAGAAUGAGUUCUGUAAGCUUAUGAGGAAGCUCCAGGAGGAGCACCAGGACUUCCAGCUCUACUCUUUAGCAUCCUUUAGCCUCUGGAGAGACUUUCAUAAGACCAGCAUCCUGGCCAGGAGCAAGGUCCUGGUGAGCCUUGUGCUGAUCCUGACCACAGCCACCCUCUCCAGCUCCAUGAAGGACUGUUUGCGCAGCAAGCCCUUCCUGGGCCUCCUGGGGGUGCUCACGGUGUGCAUCUCCAUCAUCACAGCAGCAGGGAUCUUCUUCAUCACCGAUGGAAAGUACAACUCCACCCUGCUUGGAAUCCCAUUCUUCGCCAUGGGUCAUGGAACUAAAGGAGUGUUUGAGCUUCUGUCCGGAUGGCGCAGAACAAGAGAGAAUUUACCCUUCAAAGACAGGGUUGCAGAUGCCUAUUCUGAUGUGAUGGUCACCUAUACCAUGACCAGCUCCUUGUACUUCAUUACCUUUGGCAUGGGUGCCAGCCCAUUCACAAACAUAGAGGCUGUGAAGGUCUUCUGUCAGAACAUGUGUGUCUCCAUUCUGUUGAACUACUUCUACAUUUUCUCAUUCUUUGGCUCCUGUCUGGUAUUCGCGGGCCAACUAGAGCAAAACCGCUACCACAGCAUCUUUUGCUGUAAGAUCCCCUCCGCGGAAUACCUGGAUCGCAAACCUGUGUGGUUCCAGACAGUGAUGAGUGACGGGCAUCAACAGACAUCCCAUCAUGAGACGAACCCCUACCAGCACCAUUUUAUUCAGCACUUCCUACGCGAACACUACAACGAAUGGAUUACCAAUAUCUACGUGAAGCCGUUUGUCGUCAUCCUCUAUCUCAUUUAUGCCUCCUUCUCCUUCAUGGGGUGCUUGCAGAUCAGCGACAGGGCCAACAUCAUCAAUCUACUAGCCAGUGAUUCUCCGAGUGUUUCCUACGCCAUGGUUCAGCAGAAAUAUUUCAGCAACUACAGCCCGGUGAUAGGAUUCUACAUCUACGAGCCGCUGGAGUACUGGAACAGCAGCGUCCAGGAGGAUCUGAGGAGGCUCUGUAGUGGGUUCACUGCAGUGUCCUGGGUGGAGCAGUAUUACCAGUUCCUGAAAGUUAGCAACAUCAGUGCCAGUAACAAGAGUGACUUUAUCAGUGUCCUACAAAGUUCAUUUUUAAAAAAGCCAGAAUUCCAGCAUUUUCGAAACGAUAUCAUCUUCUCCAAAGCAGGGGAUGAAAACAAUAUUAUCGCUUCUCGCUUGUAUCUGGUGGCCAGGACUAGCAGAGACAAGCAGAAGGAAGUCAUAGAAGUGUUGGAAAAAUUGAGGCCCCUGUCCCUGUCAAAGAGCAUCCGAUUCAUCGUGUUCAACCCCUCCUUUGUGUUCACGGAUCAUUAUGGCUUGUCUGUCACGGUGCCUGUUCUGAUUGCAGGCUUUGGUGUCCUCCUGGUGUUAAUCCUGACUUUUUUCCUAGUGAUCCACCCUCUGGGAAACUUCUGGCUAAUUCUUAGUGUCACCUCAAUUGAGCUGGGCGUUCUGGGCUUAAUGACACUAUGGAACGUCGACAUGGAUUGCAUUUCUAUCUUGUGCCUUAUCUACACUUUAAAUUUUGCCAUUGACCACUGUGCACCACUGCUUUACACAUUUGUACUAGCAACUGAGCACACCCGAACACAAUGUAUAAAAAGCUCCCUACAAGAGCAUGGGACAGCCAUUUUGCAAAAUGUUACUUCUUUUCUUAUUGGGUUGGUCCCCCUCCUAUUUGUGCCUUCAAACCUGACCUUCACACUGUUCAAAUGCUUGCUGCUCACUGGGGGUUGCACACUUCUGCACUGUUUUGUUAUCUUACCCGUGUUCCUAACCUUUUUCCCCCCUUCCAAAAAGCACCACAAGAAAAAGAAACGCGCCAAACGGAAGGAGAGAGAGGAAAUUGAAUGCAUAGAGAUUCAAGAGAACCCUGAUCAUGUCACUACAGUCUGAAGGGUGUAGACAAAUGGAUUAUUUUUCUUUUCCAGUAUUGCACAAUGAUGCAGGGAGAGUAAAGCUCACUCCUCAGCUGCUUGGGCUGGCCAGGGGUAACAAGGAAAGUCAGAUCAAGAGUGAAUUGUUCAUGACACAUCAAGGUGUCCACUUCCUGGGGGGAAGAGAGAAUCAAAGAAGAGGGAAAUGUUCUUUACAACCUUGUUCUCCACUAAAGAUAAGUUUGGGGAUGUGAUCUUAGAGCUCUUCCAAGGAAUGGACGAAUGAAUGAAGCGUUGGAAGGCCAAAAGAUCUCACUGCUUUUAAAAAUAAAAUGCUUAAGAAAGAUGGAGAGGAGUAGAAAGGGGGCCUCUAAAUAGGGGAAAAGACAGUAAAUGUCAAAAUUGCCAUGGCGUUUUUCUUAUUUGUGUUUUGAACACGUUGGUCAAAGGAAACCUAUGCACUUGGGAAGUACAUAUUUAAUCCCGUCUAAACCAAAGGACUUCCCAAUCCAUUUUACGUGUACAUAUAUAUGUAUAUAUACCAUAUAUACAUAUACUUAGAUUUGUCUUUAGUGAACAUUGAUGUUUGUGUAGAAGAAGCUGUCCAUUUGCAGAUGGGCUGGACUUUCUCUAGAAAGUCAAACCUGCCUUAGCCAAAUAUAGAUGCAUUGAUGGCAACUCAAAACAACUCAAGUGUUUCAACAGAAAGAGUAUUAUACAACUGUGUGAUAAGCGAAAUAAACAGAGAUGUGAGUCCAUUAGAUUCUACAUAUCAUGUCAAUCUUGGAGAUUCUUGCUUUGGAUGACUUCAGAAAAAAACAAAAUCAAAAAUAAAAAAAAAAACAUACACACACAAAAGGCAUUUAAACCAAUUACCACAUGGACAAGGGUUAAAAUUUCAUGUUGGAGCUAAAUAGUUGAUAAGGCUUUUCAUUGAGGUCUAAUGGUUCGCUAUACUUGGGAAGGCUGGUUUGGCUGCUUUCAGAGAGCUUACCCACUGCAAAUGAACAUUUUACACAUACUGUCCAUACAUGUAUGUAUAGGGUACACGUGUGUGUGCGUAUCUGUGUGCGUGUGUGUGAGACCGUUGAGGUAUACCAUAGGUACAGUGUUCUCAUUUUAGAUGACGAAUAUAUACUGCCAUGGAAUAUAGAUAAUUAACGUAGGAAAAAGGAGACCUAACUAAGAAAUGUCGUAGAACGAAACAGAGUAAAUGGAUCAUCACCACUCAUCAUGCGCCAUCAACUGGUUCUUAGUGUAAGGAAAAUAUUCUAAUCCUAUAAAGUCUAGUGUGCUCCUUGCAUUAAUAUUUGGAACAUUGACCCAGGCCACGAUCACUAUAGUAGUGGUCACUAUAACUACCGCAAUAUCGUUUUGUAGGUUCUUGCGAUAUCAUUGUUCUUGUUCCCUGGAAAGUGCUCCUCAGCUGGCCCACCCCCUGGGGUGUUCGUAGCUCUCCACGGGUCAUGUUAACUGUAACUGCUGCUGAAUUCUCUCUCAGAACAAGUACCGAGGUAAAUGUUUUCAUUGAGUUAACGUUUAAAACUGCUCCCCAGCAGAUACACUUAGUCUGUUGGGUGCUUACUUGGAUUAAUGCUGUGCUUCCUGUCACAGAAAAUUCCUAGAAAAUGCCUUUUCCCAUGCCAACCAGUAAAAUAAAUUAAUUUUCAGGUAGGACUGAACAAAUGUCCAGUGAUGAUAAAAACAUUUAGUAAGCUCUUUUACCUGGAAGAGAGCUACUGUUUCCCACCAACUUCAGUUGUAUAUUUUAAUUGAAGUUCAAAUAUUAAAAUCUGGAAACAAAAAGGAAAAAAAAAGAAAAGAGAAAAAAUAAACCUCUUGGACUCAGUUAAGUUCAGAAAAGAGAUACAAACCAUUCCAUUCUGGUUGCAGUCUGGAAAUGAAGUUGAUAGAUUAAUGAAGUAACAAAACAAUAAAACAAGUAUACUUUUCCAGAUAAGGAGUUUACCAGGAUAUUAAGGGAAAGAAGAACUGUCUCUAAAAUGAAAACCAUUUAACGAAAUUUUAUUUUAUUAUGUGAAGUUUGUUUUGUCCUACCUUGAGGUUACUGAGUUUCUUUCUAUUAGAAAUGAUUCGUGUCUUCUCGCUUGUGUUCAUGUGGGCACAAUAGCAGUAGAUCAAGUAUGCAAAGUCAUUGACAUAAACAUACACAGCUAUUGUUCUCCUAUUCUUUGUGAAAUUCACGUCGCAGAUAACCCUAGCCUUUUGCCUCCUGAACAGCUCUGCUGGGAUGAACUGGUAUUUGAUACUAGUAGACCUGCAGACCAUGAUCUCAUAUCUGAAGUAGAAGUCUCUGAAGAGUUAGGCUUUGAGGGAAAGGAGGGGGAUUCUUCUGCCAUAGUUUACUCACCCUUUGUGAAUAUUUGUUUUACAUCCCUUUCAAAAGAUGGGAAAUAAUCAACGGAGACAUCCCAUUAACUAUUACUCCAUUGUUUGCCCAAGGUGUACCAUUCUCCAUUCAUUUACCAAUUUUUAAAAAGCUUGCCUAUUUGGGUCAUUUUUUUUUUCUUGAUUACCUUAGACAAUUCCAUAUUCCAUAUAUGAAGAAGAUUGGCAGUCUGAUUUCUAAAGAACGAAUGAAGCAUGCCAGUUGCCAAAUGCAUGUGAGGACAGUUUGGCAUCUAUUGCCAAACCACCAGGACAAUUCCAGUAUCCUACCUGCGUCUAGAUAGUCUCUAUGUGGAUGGAGGAAAACAGUUCUUUUUUAGGUUGUGUCUUCAAGGAUCACAGUGAGUAAAAUAAAUGUGAAUUCCUCAUUGCUCAACUGACAAGAGGGGUUGGAUUUUGGAAGGGUCGUUAUCUUUUCCAGGAUACCAUGGUAUUCAUUAAUGAACUUUAGCAAUAAUUUACUGAAAUGCAAUUUCUUGUUCUGGAAGAGUUAAUAUACCAUCCAAAAUGCCCUAGCUCAGUCCUAGGAAGUAAUUUAAGCCCAUAAAGAAUCUAAUUGAGCAUCAUCUGACCUCCCAACCUCACUGUGCAACAGAUAUUUUCAAAUAUUCCGAUUACUCAAUGCCAAGAUACAUCCUGACAUAUGAGAUCAUGAUUUGUAGGUAAUGCUCAACCUCUGCCUUUUUCAAUAGCUUAUGUCUAACUCUCAAGUUUUUCUAGUUUACUCCCACUGUUUUUGUCCAUUUGUGAAAUACUCAUGGCGUUCAAAUUGGGAACCCAUCUACUGCUAAAAGAUGACUGAUCAACCCUGGAAGAAAAGAACCCGUGGGAAAUAUGUCAUAUAUGUAGAAUAUUGUACUUUGCUGAAAUGUGGUUUUCUCUUAAAACAAGAGAUUUUAAAGUUUGUAGAAAGAAAGAAAGAAAGAAAGAAAGAAAGAAAGAAAGAAAGAAAGAAAAGAAAGAAGGAAAGAACACACCUUUUCUGAAUUUAAACUGCAAUGUGGAUUUAUUUUCUUCCAACAGAUUAUAAAUUUGAAUCAGAAAGUCCUGUAAGAACUCCACUCCCCAUGAUGGUUAAUAAGCUCCAAAGAGGUACUCACCUAAAUUGCAGAAAGAGAUUUGGUUAACCUAGACCAUGCAUAAUAUUUUAAAUGAAAGGUGUGCUUAAGUGUCACCCCAUGAAUUCUUCCAGGGAUCGGGAACCUCUCUGACAGGUGUGCAUGAAUAUUCCAUGAAAGAAUUAUUCUUCCCUAUGGUUGUAUCAUGUGAAUGUUUCUUUCCCAUUUGAUUCCUAUUUAUUUCCAGAGAAUUUGGGUUUUACCUUGUGAGUUUAGAAGAAUUAUGACAAAUGAAGCUCCUACGAAGCUAUAAUAACCAUUCUUGAAUGUUGAAUUCGAGAGGGUGAGAGCUUUGUCCAUUUUGUAAUUACCCAUGCACUUUCCCAUAAUAAUCUUCCAAUCCUUCUAGGCUUGUGGUUAGAGCUAUGGAUUAACUAUUGCCAUCAGAAUUACAUGUAUUUUUUAUAAGUUGACUGUAAAUACCAUAAUUACAGUCACAUAUUUUUAUAACCAAAUAGUUAUGAAUGCCUGGCACUAUGCAUGCAUUGUUACUAAUAGUACAUAGAUUUUUACAAACACUAUUUUCAUGGUUAUUGCAACUUUUAUUAAAAUUCUCAUAUCAGCUAUUCAUAAAUGCCUUGUAGGUUUUGGUCCCAACGGCCUAAAGUCCACAGAAAGUUUCAUCCCAAGGGGGACAAUUUAAAAAUUGCCUUCCCUGGGUGUCAAUAGCAGCAACCUCUUCUAGAAUGUCCUCUGAAAAAUCCUAGAGGCUAAAUCUGGCUUCCAGGUAAACAACAUAGCAGAUUCUGUGUUAGUCAGUAAUUAUUCCAACUUUAAUUUCUUAUGUUUGCUGAUCUCACGGUGAACCAGAGAGUACAAUACCUUGCGACUGAAAUUUAGAUCUGUCUCCUGUGAAUUGGAGAACUCAAUGAUUGGCUCAACCUCUUUUUAGAGAGAUCUCUCUGUUCUGUUGGUGUUUGCCAAAGGUAUUGAUAAUGUGAGCCUGAAAACUGUCAUUUUUUUUUAAAGUAAUUUAGAAGCACUUUUAUUCCCUUUAAAAACAAAACAAAGAAACAAAAAAUAUGUCUUGCUCCUUCUGUGUUACAAAACAAUUUUGUGACAAAUUUUAUGACAUUGACUCAAAACCUAUCUAUAGCUGAAUUUGUAUGCCCUUGGAAUCUUCCCAUCUUGAAUCUAAAAUAAAACUCAGCAUCAUCACUGUGGUGCAGGCAUUUAUACCAACCCUUUUAAGCCAUGAUCUGCCAAUGUAUUGUACAGGGGAAAUGAGCUAGAUUUUUUUUUUUAAUGAUUUGUCUUCAAGAUCAUGACUGCAAAUAUAUUUAGUCAAAUGAAAGCAGCAAAAUCAUAAUGACAACAACAAAGAUUCUUUGCAUCAGGUCCAGCAUGGGAGGAACUAUAUGUAGGCUUAACCGCGGUAAAUUGUUUUGAAUUGUAAACUAAAUGGCCAAGGUUUGCCCCACCAUGAUGUUUUAGUUAGAAAGGAAAGAGGUGGUGUUCUGUGCUUAAUGUUUUGUGCAGUUGGCUCAGGCAACAUUUGAAAUAAGUGUGAAGGAAUGUUGGGAAAUGAGCCCACAUGCUCAGAAAUCAAGAUGUUGGUAAGUAGGUGUGAUAGAAGAGGUGGGGGAAAUUCCACAUAUAUUAGAGUUUAGGAUAAUGCACAGAGAAUUGCAUCAUUCCUCAAAACUACAGACUCUUAACUGCUAGCAAAAUUGGUCAUAUGCCAAUAUAUUUCACUUGAAGAUUGUCUUCUUCUUUGUCAAAUUCAUAACCUGAUCUUUGCAAGGAAAUUGCUUCUGAAUUUCCAUGCAUGAACCAGAGCCAUAGUUUUGUGGGUGAAGAGUGGGGUACUAGGGAGCCUCCUUGAAAAGAAACUUCAAGUAAACCCCCAGGCAAGCAUUAUUCAUUCCUAGAGAUGGCUGUUGGCAUUCCUUGAUUUUGUCCAUCUUUGAGGCAUAACAAAUAAUUUUUUUAAUGUUUCCUCUGUACUUAAUGAGGUCCUCUCUGUUACUGAUAGAGAAGUCACUUGCUUUUCUUAUAAAAUGGAAAGUUAUUCAGAGAGAAAUAUAACUAUGGUAAAAAAUCACAUAACUAGAAUGGUAUGGAUGACUAGUCUGUAGAUAAUAAUAUCUCUUCCGCACCUCUACAGAUGCCGUCAAAAUUAAAUGGACUUCUAUCUUAAACUGAGAACCUCUAUAAGGUAGAUAUUUUUUAAUAUAAAGUAUUUAUUACAAAACCAUUGCUAAUUUUGCACUUUUAUAAAUUACAGAAAAUCACUACUAUUUUUCCCCCCUUGAAGUUUUAAGAAAGUGUUCACAGGUCAUGCUAAUUAUGAAGUCUUAUCGGAAGGAAACUUUAGAAACAGAAGAGUGAGAAUAUCUACUGGUUGUGUGUGAGUCCUACUCCACGUCCCAUGUUUAUACUUAUCUGAACAGGGGGUUUUGGAAGUUAUUUGUAACUGGCUUCUGGAUUCCCACGUGGCUAAUGGUAUGGCCAGAUAGAGGAAUGGUAUGGUCUCCUUUCCAUUUCCAUAAUUGUUGGAGCAACCACAUUACCCACAGGGCUCUGUCAAAACAGUGAAGAAAUCAGAACUCUAGGAAGAAUCAGGAGAGACUGCCAUGGAUAAAAGACAAGUGGGGUUUAUGGCAAGUGUGUUGUUUUCCAGUCUUGUGUAGAUUUAUUAACUUGGAUUUGGGCAGAGGCAGUCUACACUAUGUUGUGGGGAGCAUUGAAGUCAUCUAAUGUAAGAUGGCCAGUACAGUAUCCACCUGGAAACUGGUCUUCCAUCGUUCUAGUUAGUGGAUUUACUGAUUAUUUGGUAGCCACAGGGAGAGAGCUAGAAAAAGGCCAAAUUCUUAUAUUCCCCCAUACCUUGGUGUAAUGUGCAGCAUCUGUUUUGCGGGAGAAUCAGGAAAUUCUGGCAUCUUUUCUUCUCAAACAUAAAAGUGCUAGGUACUGAUAAAUUAGACCUUAAACUCACCAACGCAAAUAUCCCAAAGUUUUAGCAGACUUUAAUCAACAACUUUAUUAGACUUUCACGUUAAUUAGACGUAUUUUUUCAGCAAUCGACUUUCUUGCUCUUAAACAGGAAAUCUAUCACAGCUUGAAAAGGGAAGAGAUCUCUCCAAGCUACCUCAUAAGGAUAUUUAAAGAUGAAAUGGCUUGCAACCUUUGAUUAAAUGGCAAUACAUUAAAGCCAAAAAGCAAUAUUAUCUCAUCUCCCUCACUUUCUAAGUCUAGAUGAUCUAGAUGUAAAGGGAAUACCCCCUGGGCAGUCCUCCUUUGCAUUCCGGUUAACAUGAUGUUCACUAAUGUGAAAUCUCUCAGAGCUGUUGUUUGGUUAUCUCUCUACAGACAUCUCCGAACAUGAAACUUGGUUCAGAAAGAGAAUACCUUGACAUUGGCUUUGAGGCAGUGGUCUACCUAGGGAGGUGCACAAUCAAAUAAUCUGUGAGUAACUCAGUAAAAAUUCAAGUGCACUUCCUAUCAAUGGAGGGAAAAUUUAAUCUGUUUGUUUGCUCAUUUGCCCUAAGUAAAUAGAAAGACACAAAGUUACUAGUAUUUGGCAUUUUACUUAGGUUUUCUUUUCCACUGGAUAUGAUCACUAUCAUUUUUGACUAAAUUAGGAUUCUGAAACACAGGUCACCGUGGGAAACAUGAGAAUCAGUGAGAAGAAAACUACUAGGAGGAAAAGAUCUUCACCCAUGCAUAGACAAGUUGCAGAAAUGAAAGUAGAAGUUGAGCAUUUUAUUUCCUUUGCUAUCCUAAACCAAAAGCUGAGGUGCUCUCCUGGAUAAACAGAAUGCUAAUUUCUCUAACAAAGAAGAAUGAUAAAAUGUAUGGUAUUAUGAGACCCAGUGUCUUAUCAGUACAAACCUCAUAGCAAACCACCAUUUUCAGAUGUCUUUCCCUAUAAGAACAUUCUUUUUUUAAUGUUCUAUGUCAUAUAGUUUCUUAGCACAUCUCAUUCAUGAAAACAGCCUCAUUUUAUCACUCAUAAAAUAGUGCAAAUACACUAUUACACCAUUUAAACUCUCUGCUCUGUGAUUCUGUACCUUGCACUAUAAAACUAAAGCUACUUAUUAAGGAACACUUGAAAAAGAAUUUUGAACAAAAAUGUCAAUAUCAAAAAAAAAAAUUGCUGAAGUUAUAUUUUCAUCCCAAAAUAUCUUCAAAGGAGGAAACUGUCAGAGUGCCCACCCAUAUCAGAUCUUACUAACAAACAAAUGUUCUUAUAAGAGUCCUUCAGAAAUUUGCAAAUUACCUGAAUUUGGUCCAUUAUCAAAAUUUGUCUCUGUGCUCUAUAAGCAAAAAAAAAUUAUAAACUAGGUUUUUCCUAAUAUAAUAAAAAUAGAGAAAUAAAUUAUUUUCCAUAGAUUUACACAUGUAAACAUAUUAAUUAGUAAUUAAUCUCAUAAUCAAGGAAGUUAUGUUGCUGAUAGUUCCUUGUUAAUUUCAUUAUUAUUUUCAUACUUUGGAUACAUAGAGAUAUAAUAAUUUUAGUUAAUUUCUCAGCAUUAUGUUAUUUAAGAAAUCUAUGAUCUAAAAAAAAAAUCUAUGAUCUAAAGCCUAAAGGUAAAAACCUCAAGAAAAAUAACAAUAAAGUCUUAGCUCUUUGUAAAAAAAUGUCAUCUCAGUUAUAUUUACUGUAAUGCCACUAAGCAAAAUUAUUUACAGUAUUUCUGGCUAUGCUGAACUUUUAUUUUAACAACAACCAAAAUCCAUGUCCAUUAGUUAUAAUAAGGAACAGUUAGCAUAU